UAUUUAAACUUGAAUCAGGAGAGGAGGAAAGUUUUUCCGAGCCGGGACAGCGUUGCCUAGCAGCUAGGCACAGGACUCUUCCUUAAGUUUUUUCACUCGCAUAUCGAGGAAGCGCGGACGUAUCCCCUUCUCAGUCUACCUGUCAUCUUGUCCGUUUGUCUCUCGCAGUCUUAAAUGCCAAACAUGUCUCAGACCGUGACGCUAAAGGGACCCUCUCCGUGGGGCUUUCGACUGGUGGGAGGACGGGAUUUCAGCACGCCGUUAACCAUCUCCAGGGUAACACCUGGCAGCAAGGCCGCCCAAGGUGACCUGUGUCCAGGCGACACCAUCCUGGCUAUCAACGGUGACAGCACCGAGCUCAUGACACACAUGGAGGCUCAGAACAGGAUCAAAAACUGCAGCCAGCAGCUCGCACUCAGCAUCACCAGGUCAGGAUCAGGAGAGAGAGUGUGGUCGCCAACACUUAGUGAAGAUGGGAAGACAAGCCCUUACAUGGAGCCUGACUCACAGAAUUUCCGUCCCAUCACCAGUGGAUAUGGCGGUUACAGCCGUAAACCUUCGUACACCCCUGAGCCUCAGUCUCCUCAGCCCACUCCGCAGCCCACUCACCUAAACAACGGACACUCCAGACCCAGCAGCAGCAGCAACAACAACAACAACGGCCACAGCUACGGAUACGGGAACGGAACCGGGCACGCUCAGUACAACAACCCGGCAGGCCUUUAUGCCCAAAAUGGCAGCAACGGAGACAGAUCACUGCCAAGCAAGAUGGGAGGUCUCAGCCUCAGUGCCACACACAGCCCAGAGCCUCCCAUGCACUCCCCCGUGAGCCGUAAUGGUUUCGACACACAGUCGGACGUCUACAAGAUGCUGCAGGACUACGAGGAGCCCGUCUCUGAACCCAAACAGUCUGGCUCCUUCAAAUACCUCCAGGGAAUCCUGGAGGCCGAGGAUGGAGGUGUGUCACCGACAGAGAGGAUUAGGAACUUAAAGUCUCCGGUCAGAUCUCCGAUCCCCAAGCUGGGAAGCCCCAUCCCCAGCCCCAGCAUGCCCGGUCUUCAGAAGCUCCCCCAGUGCACACGCUGCUGUAAUGGCAUUGUUGGCACCAUUGUGAAGGCCAGGGACAAGCUCUAUCACCCCGAGUGCUUCGUGUGCGACGACUGCGGCGUCAACCUCAAGCAGAGAGGCUACUUCUUUAUCGAGGACAAUCUGUACUGUGAGACCCACGCUAAGGCUCGCGUCCAACCCCCAGAGGGCUACGAUGUAGUCGCCGUGUACCCCAACUCCAAGGUGGAGUUGGUCUGAGACGAAGAGGCUGGUCAUUCUGUAAUAUAACUGGGAAACUAAGAUAUGGUAGAAAUGGGGCUGCUGAGUAUCCUCACCUGCACUGAUCAGGCUCUGUCAAACCGGACUGCUGAUCUUGGGUCAGCUUUGCCUUUGGGAGAAUGCGCUAUGAGAAUUGUGUUUCUGUGAUCCCAGAUCAGUACUUCCACGCUGGCAGGCUUGAUAAAUGCUUUGUAUAUUGAGCAGAUUGGAAUAUGUUGACAGAAUAAGGCUGACGAAUAUCCCAAAACUCUAAUCCAUGAAAAAGCUCACACUGUUUCCCAAUCUGACCUCCCUCAUCUCUCAACCAGUGUGUUUAAAUUCAAUUCAAGAUCCAGGAUAGCAUGCAUAUGCACAUUCACCGCUAUGUUGUGUAGCAACAGAAUAUUCCACAAAGACUGAAUGAGACGCUUAGUUAAAAUGACUACUCUGGCCAUCUCUAACAAUCAGUUUACCAACAUGUCUAAUGUCCUACUCAAGCCUUACAAAUAACUUUCAGACACCAGUGUGUGUUAUGUGCAUUGUGACGAGAGAUUUUUGAGUUGAUUUGGUGUGUUUGCUGUGAUGAACUGUGCAGAGAAGUUGGUUUUAUUUUCAAACUAAUUUUGGAUUUUGCGAUUUUUAACAGCAGUUUCCCCACAUAACACAAAAUGUCACCCUUCAUUCUAUAAUGCCACGUGAGGUGUAGUGAUAUAUUUUUUUAAGUCUUGGUUAAGGGCUGAAGUGUCUUUUCUUAACAACUUUACAGUUAAACGUUAUACUCAUCUUCUAGUUUACAUGUACACCGUUUCAUUUUCAGACUUUUUAUGUUACAAAACUGGGAAACAGCUCUCUUUCAAUCUCACUGUUUCUGCUCACUUUUCAGUUAUGUGAAACAAUAAGCAAUAAUUCACUACAGGCAGAUUUCUAGCAGGUAUAAUUGUAAGUAUCUGGAAUGUGUGCCAUUUGGUGACUGUUUACUGAACUAUAACCUAUAGUAAAUGCCUCCCUAUGCAGCUAUGCAAGCACCACCUCCUCAAAUGUAAACAAAUCCCUGCAGGAGACGUCCUCAGAGCUCUGUGAGAAACUCUAGAACUCUGUGAGAGUCGGCCUAAAAGAGUUUCUCCCACGUGUGAUCGCAGCAACCUCGAUCUAUAAACACUUACCAGCAAGAAAUGAGUCUUUAAUGAUUGAGCAGCUUAGCUUAAUGCAGCGUAUGAAUGCAAUGACGGCAUUUUGAACAGCCGCAGCACACGGAAGAUCGUAGCUGUGGGUGCUUCUGGCUCAUGCACCUGACUGAGAGAGGAAUUUCAACUCUCACACUGAAGAAUUUCUUCUCAUAAAAAAUAAAAACCCAGGAGCACAGAGUUCAGUGAAAACUCUCAAGGUUGACAUCAAUAUGCUCUCCACCUCUCGUGAUAGCUGUUAAAAAUGGCAGUGUGCAUUUGAGACAGGACACACGGCCAUAGAAAACUGUUAGAAACUUCUAAACCGGGACUCUACAGCCUGCAACAUGUGGGAGUAAUACUGAUUUGGUUUCGUUUUUUUGGACCCACUACAUAGAUACAUUACACUUCUUCUUUGGAAGACAGAAAAAGACAAGAAGUGCGCAUAGUUGUAUUCCCUUCCUACUAUGAAUUCAGAUUUCUGGUUGCAGUCGAGCCCAUGGAGCAAAUGAAAUAUAUUUCUACAUUUCCUCAGAGAGAAGGGGGAGGGAGCAAGAAGGGGUGAGAAAGAGAAACGAGGCACGUAUUUUCUUUUUCUUGACAGAAAAAUCUUUCUGUAAGACGUAUGUCAUUAUGUAGCCAUCAGUCUUAGCUUGUUGUGAAUUGUGGAGCGCGAACUGAGUGGAGAAGAGUGAUGAUGUUCUUAAUUUUUAGAAAUAUUUCUAACAGAACUGCUUUUGUAGUUUGAAAUGAGAAAGAUUUUUUGAUUUUGUUUUGCAGUGCUGAAAUCAACCUUUUUUUUCCCCCCAAGAUAUCAACAGUGAUGUGCAGCUGCUGAUAUGCCAUCUAUCUUAGUGAUCUUGUAAAUUAUGUGAAAAUUGCUACCACAUUGUCUCUUUGGUAUUGUACAUAUUUGUUUCAUUGUGAUUGCUUUAACAAACCGUAUAUAACAUGUCACUCACGUGCCUUUGCAUACCCUGUGUCUUUUAAAUGAUUUCUUUGACACAAAAUUCUCUUCUUGUAUUUAACUUAUUGUUCUACCAGCACAUGUUUUUGCUCUGGGUCUUCUUAUUUGCUCUUUUAUUUUCUAGGUUCUAAAUAAAAUGAGAAAGUGCAUUGCCAUGACA